AUGACCGACGUCGUGUCCGAAAACCAGGCUUAUUUUGGCAAGAUCGCCACCGAAUAUGACCAGCGCAAUGCGGAUGCGAUUGUGCAGUUAGAGCGCGGCAUCCGAGAGAGGAUUCCAUUCAUUGGUGUCAAGCAAGGUGCGAGGUUGCUAGACUACGCUUGUGGUACCGGCAUGCUUUCGAGGGUACGAGUUUCCCCUCCCAGCAGAGAUGAGCCUGGACUGACAGGCUCUUCCCGCCAAGCCUAUCAAGGCAAUCUGGCUGAUCCCAAGGACCCCUCCCCAACAGCCUUUGCUGAUAGCAAGUUCUUCGGAUUCGACGUCGCAGGCGUGGGGCUCGGUUUCCACCACUUUGACAAGCCCGAUCUAGCAUCCAAGCAAUUGGCCGAGCGCCUCAACCCAGGCGGUGUCCUCUUCAUCAUUGACUUUGUUACCCACAAGAUAGACCCCAAGGAUGCCGCUCUGCGUGGUAUAACACAUCAUGGGUUUAUUGAGGACGAGAUCAAGAAGAUGUUUGAGAAUGCUGGACUCACAGACUUUGCUUACCAAGAGCUCCCGGAACCCAUCACAUUCAAGGAUUGUCACGGCCACGAUCAUGGCCACGGGCAUGGCCAUAGUCAUGAUCAUGAGCGCAAUGAGCACAAUCACAGCAGUAGUGGUGAGCAUGUUCAUGCCCAUGGGAUGAAGAAGGGCUCAACUACGACUAAGAGGAUAUUCAUUGCUAGAGCGUCCAAGCCAUAA